AUGCCUGAUAUGUCACGUCACGUGAGCUUGUCAGAUGAAGAUGUUCCAACCUUGGAGAGUAGGGGACUCUUUGCAGGAGGCCAGACUAAUUCUUUUUCUGCCCGUCAAGUCAACCAAGUGAAAUCCAACGACGGCUCUACCUGUCUUGUAGAACGACACCGUGUCCGAGAGCUUGUCCAGGGGCUGCCCGUCUAUGGGGCUGAUUUCGUGGUGACAACGAGUGAAUGUUCCCAGUUGUCCGCCAUCGAGCGAAGCGCUUUGGUCAACACCAACACACUUGCGACCAUGAAUACAAGGAGCAUUGUGUCAGUGGACGGUUACAGAUUGAAUGCUGUGCGUGUACCCACUGGAUUCACACCCAAGCACGCUACAAAAGAGGAAGGCGUAAGUAUGGUCGCAGGGCUAUUUGGGGUGCCCGAAUAUCGGGUUACGACGUUGGCCCUUGAGAUUUUCCCCACGGAAAACCAGGAUUACCGAGCAUGGAUUGGUACCGUUUGGGACGAAUCCAUCCCGGGAGAACCACAGCUGUAUCAAGUAGUUGUGGAUGAUGAAACCGACGAGAUCAUCCUUAAAUGCGACAUAGCGGGGGCGGUGGAAAAGCAAGAGAAAUUACAAAGGAAAGCCGAAAUUCGACACAGAUAUUUACAGGGUGCUGGUUCGCAGUUGGAUGCUUCUAAAUGUGAUAGUUGUGCUACCAUAGAGCCUGGUAUUGCAUGGAAUCCUGAUCAAACUGUGGAAUGCGAUGUGGAGACUCUUUACUUGAACAAUGAUGGACGCAAGACUCUCUGCAUUACUGGUACCGAUGGAUCUGGGAAUCAAAGGGUUGCUCCGGGGCCCAUCUUCCAGUAUCAUUGGCACGGAACUCUGAACUGCAAUUCAGGGAAAUCCUGCUCGGUGUCCGAAGUGCCGAACUGUGCCGAUGCGUUGUCUGAUGUUCAGUGGGGUGCGGUCAACUACUUCCAGUAUCUCCAAGAACACCUGGGGCUGAUGGGCGGGCUUACCAAGGAGGCCGAAAAUCCUAUUCCUGUGGUCGGUCGCGUUCACUACGAAGAAGACUACUGCAAUGCUUUUUACGUACCCGGAGAUCGGACGGUAACUUUUGGUGAUUGCGACUGCGAUAUAUUCUAUCCUUUGGUCUCAACAGAUGUCGUCGUGCACGAGCUCACGCACGGACUUACCUCCGAGUCAAGCAAUCUUCUCUAUCUGUUGCAAUCGGGAGGAUUGAAUGAAGCCUACUCCGAUCUCAUGGGGUGUGCAUUGGAGUUCACAAUUAACGACAGUAAAGACACACCGGACUUCCUCGUGGGAGAGUCACUAGCCGGACCAGGACUUGGGAGAGAAUUUCUUCGUAGUAUGGAAAAUCCAUCAGCUGACGGAAAGUCUAUCAGCACUUUUUGCGAGUACAGGAAUUCGAUGAACGUUCACUAUACCAGCGGUUUCCUGAACAGGGCAUACGUCAACGCUGUGAGAGCCUGUGAGAAUACUUGUGGGUCCUCCUUGAAAGAGUGUGUUGUUCUACUCGCGAACACUUUCCUAUAUGCAAACUUGGAGAUGCUCUCCAUGAACAGUGGCUUCAGAGACGCUGCUAAACAAACAUGCAAUGUUGUGGACGAGUUCUUUGCCGCGAGAGCCCCUACGACGUCCUGUACCGUUCAACAGGCUCGAGAAGCCAUUUCUGUUGGAUUUGCUGCCGUUGGUGUGGGUGUGAAUACUGACACCUGCUACGCCCAGGUAGUAUGCACCCAGACAAAUGCUUGUGCAGAAGCUUUCGAAGUGGUUCGAAAAGUCGCACGGAGUAUUGCCUCCUUCUUCACGACGUAA